GCGCUUGCCAAACAGUUGUCUCCGGGGCUCCCUAAGAGGCGGAGAACUUUGCAAGAGGGGUCUGUUUGCUGAGUAGAUGCCCGGUUAUCCAGAUGCCCCAACAUGCCUUUUGUGGACUGGUUCCUGUACCACUCAGUGGCUAUGUGGCUUCUCCUCCAGAGUUUCGUCCUGAUAGCCUUUUGCUUCCACUCGGCCACCACCUACCCCAAGGGCUGCUACCCUUCCAGCGAAGACGGCUUGAAAACCUUCCGUUGCAGCAAAGCUCAUCUGACCGUCGUCCCGAAGGACAUACCCAACGACACCAACAAGCUGUUCCUGGAUUACAAUCAGAUCUCCUUCCUGCCCAACGAUGCCUUCCACAACUUGCCGCUUCUGAUGGAACUCGACCUGUCUCACAAUGCCAUCAGCCGGGUGGAAGUCGGGGCUUUCCGGGGCUUGCCGGAAGGCCUACAUUCUUUGGACUUGUCCUCCAACAAGCUGGUGUCCGUCAACAAGGACGUUUUUAACCCGCUCAAAGCCAAAGCCAACCUGUCCGGCAACCCUUGGCUCUGCGACUGCACGCUCCAGCAACUCAUCGAGAGAGUAGAGCUGGUUGCCGGCACUUCCGACGGGAUUGUGUGCGAUGCGUCCGUGCGGAAGGAGCACAUCGGCAAGCCGUUCUUACAGCUGGUCGGGGACAUAGACUUCUGCAACAUCUACAAGAAGACCACCGACAUCGCCAUGCUGGUCACCAUGUUUGGCUGGUUUGCCAUGGUCAUCUCGUACCUGAUCUAUUACGUCCGGCAGAACCAAGAAGAUGCCCGGCGGCACCUAGAGUAUCUCAAGUCCUUGCCCAGCAAGCAGAAGAAGUCCGAGGAGUCUUCGACGAUUAGCACUGUGGUGUGACCAAAAAAAUAAAAACCCACCAGUCCGUUCCCCCACCCAGACUAUCCUGCCCACGUCCUCCCCCUUAAAAAUCAUAGAUCUGCUGGAAUAGAUGAGGAGGUUCUCCGUCUAAUUCUGGUGGGUCACGCUGGAACGCACAAUGGCUGAAGAGACUGUUAUUAAACGAAGAACAAAAAAAAAAA